AUGUCGUCGAAGGAGCUAGACUCUAUUAAGACCGAUCUCCAGAAGCAUCAUUCCUGGGAGAGAAUCGGUGCGAGCACAAACCAGGAGAAGAAUGCGGUUCUGACCAUCAUUUACGAGGUCUUCACCUUGGUUGUGCGCAAUAUUCACCUCCUUGGAAUUACCCAAGACACGAGCGUCGACGGCGCAGUGCGCAUCAUAUUGAAAUCCAAGACUCAGCGCAACAGUUUGCGCGCUGCUUUUGUUGCAACCCGAUUCCUCACUCGCUUGCCUGCAAACGUGAAGGGCACCAGGAAACUCGCUCUCAAACAGGAGAUGUAUCGGCUCCUAGAACGAUACAUGGAUCUCAUGAAAAAUACCUACUAG